CUUUUUCAGAGAGAUACCAGACUUGCCCAGCAAUUUCGUCAACUUGCAAGGGUCCCGGACGCCAGCGACCGACCUACCCCUCACAAGGGGGUUCACUCCGCCUGGCUUGGAACAUGAAUGCCUAUUCACUGGCAGGAGACCACCCCUUCUGGAUGAGGCUGGGCGGGAGCAUUUGGUCUCACGUCACACUCAGCGGCAUCAGCACAGCCCUCAAACCCCAGCGCACAGGAUGGGCAUAAAGAACAAGAAGACGGCAAAGAAGAGCAUCUCUGCCGGUCGACCACCGUCGUUCCACCAGAAGCCGAAAUCGAUCGCCCGAAAGGUCACCAAGGCCCUCAUCAACACACACCACGUGCUGGAGAAGAGGCUGCUCCAGGCCACCCGCAGCGGCGACCAUGCGGCCAAGGCCUCGAUCGAGGCCGAGAUAGCCGCCCUCGGCGGCCUCGAGAGGUACCAGCAGGCGAGCCUCCAGGGCCAGCGGAAGGACCGGGGCGGCGACAGCUCGCGCGUCUUGAUGGACUGGGUCGGGGAGGACGCGCCGGAAGCCGCCGGGGAGGAACACGACCGCGGGCGCCUCCGGAUGCUGGAGGUCGGGGCUCUGAGUACCGACAACGAAUGCUCCCGGAGUGGGCGGUUCGACAUGGAGAGGAUCGACCUGAACAGCCAGGGUGAAGGGAUUCUCCAGCAGGAUUUCAUAGAACGGCCGCUGCCCCGCGACGGUUCGGAGCGAUUCGACCUCAUCAGCCUUUCCUUGGUCCUCAACUUUGUUCCUGAUCCGAAAGGGCGAGGUGAAAUGCUGCUCCGGACGCUGGAGUUUCUCCAUGCACCUCGGGGCAGCGAGUCCGCGGCCUCGAUCAGUCCUGGACUCUUCCUCGUUCUGCCCGCCCCGUGCGUGUCCAACUCUCGCUACAUGGACGAGGAAAGGUUGGAGAGGAUCAUGGCUUCCCUCGGCUUCGUCAUGGCUCACUCGAAGACCACGCAAAGGCUCGUCUACUAUCUUUGGAGGCGGGCCAAGGACAGGCCGUCCAGACACGAGGGCUUCCCGAAGAAGGAGCUGCGGUCUGGGCCCACGCGGAACAACUUCGCCAUCGUCCUUGAGGGCCGGGGUUGAAAAGCGUCGGGAUGGCGCCGCAGUUUCGCAUGGAUAGGCCCAUGACAAUCCCCUUCGUAAGCAGAAGUCGAUAGCUGGUGAGUCUAGCUCACAAUCGGCUCCGAGGGCAGCAUGCGUGUCUUGUCAGAGCCACGAGCAUGCCCUAGGUCGAACGCUGGAUAUGCUGAGCUCCCCAAAGUCAACACAGACUCCCACAACCCUCGCGAUUCAUGGCCUCAACAAAUGCACUACCGGAACCAUACCUUAGCAACCCGCGUCAAGUGCAGGACUAGCAACACCCAGCCGUUGACAGCAGCAGACGGCUUGGGGGUGGGCAGGGAUGGGUAAGGGGCGCAAAAAAAGGGUAUCACAAAAGGGCCAGCCAACAAUGUGUUGAGGUUUGGGUCAUACGACCGGAAUUCGCCGCUACGAGGGGGGAAGAGCUGCAGCUCAGAGUCGUGGAUCCCAUGGAUCAGAGGGUCAUGAGGAGGUGGAUCAAAUGGAGCGAUGCCGGCAGACCAUCGUAGCACUCGCCCGAUAGCGCCUCCAGGAAACCCUCGAAACCGCACACGGCCAGCGGCAGAUUGCUAGCUGCCGGCACCCGCUCUUACUAUUCGCUGGCAUAACACUUUUUUCUUUUCUUUUUUCCCAUAUUUCUGAGUGGGCUCACGUUUUACGUCUGACAGCGAGAGCGGCUGCAAUGCUUCGUUGCAACUACCGAGCAUGCCCAUCCACACACCUACACGACCUCCCCCCUCCCACGACGUACGACCAGAUCAGCGCGGCAGCCGGCCGGUGGGGGGCAAUUCUCAGAACGCACCGACCGUCUCGAGCCAUGGAAUGCAAUGCAUGCAGCCUACCUAGUCAUGGCCAUAUCGCCCCCGCUCGCGACGACGACAUUGUCGACAACAGCUCCGCCCAUGUUUGGCUGCAACUCCCCGUGCCUCCGGCCAUGAAUGGGGACUUGCUUCUGACUUGUCGAGUCGUGUGCUGCGCACUUAUCAUCUCCACAACAAUGGACAAGCGCGGCCGGUUGUCGGCUGCCAUGCUCCGGCAGCCCUCUCUUCCCCAGACUACCUCCCUCUCUCGAUCGCGAUCAGGCGAGGCGAGGAGGCCCAGCGGGCGCAGGAGGGUCAAAGCACCCCCCCAAGCUAUUAGCGUGGUUCUGCACCAGUGACGAAAUGAGGAUUGGCCUACCCCUCUUUGGUCAGAUGAUGCAAAAUUGGACAACAAGGCACCGGAUGGCGGCAAUGCAGGACGGGCCAAGGGUCCUUGGCUGGAGAGUGCGCACUAGGACGCACUGGCUGUUGGGCUCCUUGCUAGUCUUCCCCAGAGGUCACCCGUCCCGUCUCGCCAUUGUCUGUCAACUACUACCCUUGAAGACGUGGCACCAGCAGUCCGGGCGACACGCUAUCGAAUACGCCGCCGCGGCUGGUGAGCCCAACGUAGCUUCGGGGAGGAUUGGAGCCAUGAGGGCGUGUUUGGGACUAGGGGAUAUUGGGGAAUUCGGGGGCAUAGUCUCGAGGUCAUGAGGUCAUAAUCAGGCGUGGAACGUCCCCUGAAUUGACUACAGUCCAGGAGCACCCUCCGUGCGCAACGUCUUGACGGCCCCCGGCACUUGGCACUAUCUACCUGGUGUCUGCGGUCCGGCGCAGACAGGCAGAACUAAUUGCAGUGGCACCGACCAACGCAGCGCACAACGGCGUCACUCGCGCGCGAGCUCAAAGCUCAUCCAGGCUGCGGAUGACGUUGUGUCGCUCCUCCACGCCGUCGGGCAGCGCGGGGUUCCCCGGUCUCUGCACGACGAAGCUUUGCAUCCCCGCGGCGAUGGCCGCGUCCACUUCUUUGACAUUGUCGCUGAGGAACAGCCACUCCGACGGGGCGUGCUGCGGGUGUUUGGCGACAAUCUUCUCAUAGCUAGCGGCCUCGGUCUUGGGUCCCGCAUUGACGGUGUCAAAGAAGUCAAGGAUGUCGGGGAUGAGGUCAGCGGGCUCCGAGUUGGUGUGCCCAAAGAGCAGCUUCUGGGCGGGGACCGAUCCGGACGAGUAGAUCAUGAUGUCGACGCCGGCUGCCCUCCACGUCUUGAACCUCGGGGCGACGUCCGGGAAGAGCGGUGCCCGCAGCUCGCCACUUCUGUAGCCAUUCUCCCACAGGUAGCCCUGCAGGCUCUUGAGAUAAGGUGCCUUGACAUCACGGGCCACGAGACCACGGACGUGAGCCUCCAGAGCCGGCUUGGACGAGGCGAACUCUGCCGGGAACGCAUUCCUGUACUGUGCGAACACAGGGUCAUCCCAUUGCGAGUCCAGCGUGUCCGGGAGAACCCUAAGGGCAUAUGGAAACUGAUGUGCUGAGCGUCAGCAACCAGGGUUCUAUUCCUAGCUCCGAAGAGCGUAUGUGGACGGUGGAGGGUGAGAGGGAAACCAGGCCACCCCCCUCCCGUCGAAACAGGGUAUUUGCUUCAGACAGAUUGGACGGUUUUGGGGGAGUGGUGGACAAGCGAGAAACGAGAGCCGAUGGUGGACUUGGCUGGUUGGUCUGGUGAAAAAAAAAACAAAAGCAAGCUGCAGCUACGCCUGAAAGGGGGGUGUGGGUACGGGCGGCCCAACGACGAAGAGAAGACGGUCAAAGCAAGAAGGAGGAGGGAAAGAAGGCGGAGGGAUCUGCCUUACGAGAACGUCCUUGACGAAUGAGAUGGGACAGACUGUGCCCUCUGACAGCCAACACAUAGACACAUAUUAGCCCAAGCUGUUUAUGUAUGGGGCCAUGCAGAGGCUAGCGCACGCUGUAUGCGGACUUGCAACACGACGCGACGCAACGCAACGCAACGAAACAGCACACCAACUCCUGACCGCUAGGCGGCGCUGGCUCUCCGCGAUAGAUGCGGGAUUGGACAUUGGACGGCUGGCGAUCACGGUGCAGGAGGGGAGAUGGGGGUGGCAGGGGGUAGCAGGGGAAGGGAAGGGCGAACGGGCGAAAAAAGACGGGGGAGGAAGUGCUUGCAUUGCCCGAUCCAAGCCACUCAAGGACGGAACGGAGACCGGGGGACGACAUCGCACUCGGGCAGGGCUGGAAGAGGGGCGGGCACAAUAGCAGAAAAGAAGCAAGGAAGGAAAAAAAAAAAUUCCUUACCGAUAUCUAGCAGAACCACCUUGACGGUAGUCCCGUGACCGCGAUCUGACGGAGCGGCAGCCAUGUUGUUGGCCUGUUGGGAUGCGCACACAGACAGCCGUGAUCCACGCAGGGGUGGAAAGAGGGCGGGCCUUGCUCGAAGCGAGGGUCCGGUACCGAGUUGGUAUGGUAUGGUAUGGUACCGAGAUGUGAGACAGCUUCCGGUUGUAUGUCGGCGCGGGGAGGCGGUGAGGAAACGGGGGGCCAGGGGGUGGGUGAUGGUGGUGGUGACGAGAGAAGGCCGGAGGCAGCGUUUUCCUUGGUCGGACGCGGAGAGCCGACGCCGAGUGAGGUGCCGAGGCGGGAAGGGAGGGGUCGGGGAGGGGAGGGAGCGAACGAGAAUGGGCGACUUCGCGUCGCGCGUGAUAGGGACGGUGAAGAGGCGGGAGAAGAAGAAAGAAAAUAAAAAUUUGGUCGGGUCAGGCCAGUCAGGCACGGGCACAGGCAAAGAAUUUGCAGCAAAAGGGUGACAUCUGGUGUGUGUGUGUGGGCUCAGGUUGCCUUUCUGCUGCCCUGGAAGAGGCGGUCAACCGCAAACGACAUUCGAAGAUUGGAUGGAGCGGGGGAAGGUUCUCGGCCGGUGGUGUGGGGCCUAAGGGGAGAGGCGCGAAGCGAUACACAGAAGCACGGGAAGCAGGGCGGUGGUCGGGCCUUGGGAUCCGUCGCCAGCCCCGGGCCCAGAAUCCGGGCCCCGGCGGUGAAUGGGGCAGAGGGUGACGGCAGGCUGCGCUACAACACGGAACAGGAAGGCGGAUAGCGCUCCCUUCCCCGCUACCGAGUCGCCCGGAGAUUACCAUCAAUGCAAAAAAAAAAAAAAAAAAAGGAAAAG